CACCGCCGGCCCCAGCCGCUCCAUCCCCGUGCCCAGGUGUGCUGCGCUCCAGCGGAUCCAGGCGAGCCCAAGCUGCGGGAGCUGCUGUCCCCAAAGCCGCUCCCGAACCCGAACCCGAACCCGAACCCGAACCGGACCCACCCGGGACAGGCCCGGGCCGGGCGGGACCUGGGGCCGGCCUCGGGCAGGCUGCAGAAGCUUUUCGGCUGGGGCGAUUUCUACUCCAACAUCAAGACGGUGAAGCUGAACCUGCUGAUCACGGGCAAGGUGGUGGAUCACGGCAACGGCACCGUCAGCGUUUUCUUCCAGCACAACUCCACGGGCCACGGCAACAUCUCCGUGAGCCUCGUGCCCCCCACCAAGGCCGUGCAGUUCGACCUGGAGCAGCAAAUCUUCAUCGAGGCCAAGGAGUCCAAGGUGUUCAAUUGCCGCGUGGAGUCGGAGCAGGUGGCGCGGGCCAGGAAAACCUCGCUGUGCACCUUCGACCCGGCCAAGACGUGCUCGCAGGAGCACACGCAGAGCCGCGCGGCCUGGCUGUGCUCGCAGCCCUUCCGGGCUGUCUGCGUCUACAUCACCUUCUACAGCAGCGACUAUCGCCUGGUGCAGAAGGUGUGUCCCGACUUCCACACCCACAGCCGCCGGCCCUACUCCCCCUCGGGAUGA